AUAUAUAAAAGUAAAGGAGUAGAUAAAUAAAUUCUUAUUUGAAAAAGAAGAAAGGUUUAUAUAGUUAUCAUUUCAUCGUUCUUGAAGAAUAUUUGCAGUGUUAAGUGAAUUUUAAAUAGGUAAUUAAAUACCUAUUGUAGUGACAACUUGCAUGACUGGACAGUUUUGAUAUACCUUAUACCAAUUAGUUUUUUACAAAAUGACUGAAAUAAAAAAGCAAACUAGAAAAAAUGAAAGCAUAUGCAAUAAAUUCAAAACAGUGCUUUUAUUUAUUUCAUACUAUAUUAAUAUAUUCAUUGACAAAAUAUUUGGCUAUUUCUACAACUCGAGACGUAUUCAGAUACAUAAAUGUACAAAUCCUAUUAUUCUGUCGAGUGCUGUGUCCGUGGCACGAAGAAUAAGAAAAGGUGAAUUGAAAUCAGAGGAAGUUGUUCAAGCAUUUAUUAAUAGAAUACAAGAAGUAAAUCCUAUUUUAAAUGCUGUUGUUGAUGACCGAUUUGAAGAGGCAUUGGAAGAAGCUAGAAAAAUAGACAAAGAUAUUCAAAUUGGUAAUAUACUUGAUGUGGAUUUUCAAGAAAAACCUUUUCUGGGUGUACCGUUUACAACAAAAGAAUCAACUGCUGUUAAGGGAUUAUCAUAUACUUUUGGGUUAAUUAGGCGAAAAAAUAGAAAGGCAUUAUUUGAUGCAGAUUAUGUUACUCUAAUGAAAGAAGCUGGAGGUAUAUGCCUAGGUGUAACAAACAUUCCUCAGUUGAAUUUAUGGCAAGAGACUAGUAAUCCUUUAUUCGGAAUAACCAAUAAUCCUUAUGAUACAACAAGAACCGUAGGUGGUUCUUCUGGAGGAGAGGCCAGCAUUUUAGCAGCUGGAGGAACACCUAUUGGUAUUGGUACUGAUAUUGGAGGUUCUAACAGAAUCCCAGCUUUUAUGUGUGGUGUUUUUGGACAUAAACCGACGUCACACCUCAUUUCAACUAAAGGGAUGACCUUUAGAACUGGUAAAGAGGAACAGACAAUGGUGGUAGUAGGAACUCUAACGAAAUAUGUUGAGGAUAUUAUUCCAUUAUUGAAGGUACUAGUAGCCGAAAACAUCUGUAGAUUAAAACUGGAUCAGCCUGUAGAUGUUAAAAAACUUAAAAUAUACUAUAUUAUGGAUCCAAAAGAUCCGUUUGUGAACCAAUUCAGAGAUGAAAUGAAAAGUACAUUAGCCAGUGCUGUUAAUUAUUUCACUGAGAUAUCACUACAAAAACCUCAAGAACUUGAAUUUGAAGGUACCAAAUAUACAGGAAAAUUGUGGAAAUACUGGAUGAGCAAAGAAUCAGAUGCCAAUUUUAAAAAGGAUAUAAUGAAUAGAGAGGGAGAGACAAAUCCUGCCAUGGAAAUUCUAAAACAUUUUACCGUUGGAGGAGAUUACACUACGGCAACAAUCUUUAACUUUGUGAACUGUCUUUUGCCCUACCCUAACGGGGAGUGGGCUACUAGGGAAACUGAGAAAUUAAGAAAACAAAUUUUGGAAAAACUUAAAGAUGACGGUGUACUACUCUACCCUUCUGCACCAUGGCCUGCCAAUUACCACCACACAGCCCUUUUGAGGCCUUGGAACUUUAAUCUGUUCGCCAUUUGGAAUGUAUUGAAAUUCCCAGUGACGCAAGUUCCAAUGGGUUUAAAAAAUGGUCUACCCGUUGGUAUACAAGUUGUUGCAGCGCCUCAUCAAGAUCAUUUAUGUAUUGCGGUGGCAGGAGAAUUGGAAAAAGCAUUUGGUGGAUAUGUACCGCCUUUCCAAACUUCUUAAGUGGCUUAUAACUUAUUUUUCAAUUUUUUUUUUAUUUCAAUUAAACUGCACUUAUCCACUUUCACUUGAAAAAGACCAAAAUCAAUGUGAUUUUUCUAAUGUACAGGACACAAUAAUAUAACAUUCCCUUUAUUGAGGUUGGUUUUUGUAUUAUCUGAAUGAAGUCCAUGUUAUAACUUCAAGAACCUUAACAAACGGCCUAAUACCACUGGAUUUCCAGAUACAGGAUAUUGACAUUUAAAUUUUUUUACAUUUAUAUAGUUAGGAGAUUGAUGAAACUUGGAUUAAUAAUUUGCCCAAGUAAAGGCAAAAAUUUACUGCAGUGGUAUACUUUAUAAGCACAUUAAUAUUUUUUAAAUGUCCACCUUAAAAAGUUUUUAUUUGUACACCAAUGACUUUUUGCCAU